AUGCCUUUCACCACAAGCGACAUCUGCAAGAUCAUCCUUGCCAUCAUUCUGCCGCCCGUCGGUGUCUUCCUCGAGCGAGGCUGCGGCGCUGACUUCUUGAUCAACAUCCUGCUCACGAUCCUCGGUUACAUUCCCGGCAUCAUCCACGCUCUGUACAUCAUUCUGAAAUACUAA